AUGGCUCGCAGGAACUCAUCCACUUCCACCAGAUUAAUCGUUGCCAUUGUUCUGUCAUCUGCCUUCUUCAUUGCAGAACUUAUCGUUGGCUUCCGCACUAAAUCGCUGGCUCUGAUCGCUGAUGCUUUCCACUAUCUGAACGAUUUGAUCGCAUUCUGUGUAGCUCUGGUCGCUGCAAAGCUGUGUGAUCGCAAAGACGCUCCUGCAAGCCUGGCAUUCGGCUGGGAAAGAGCCAAAGUCCUCGGCGCUUUCUUCAACGGAUCCUUCCUCAUAGCUCUCGGGCUAAGCAUCUUCUUACAAGCCAUUGAAAGAUUCAUAAACAUCCAAGUCGUCGAACAACCACGCAAUGUUCUCAUUAUGGGCUGUAUAGGGCUUCUGCUUAAUGUGAUAUGCAUCUUAAUGGUUCAUGAUCAUGGCCACAAUCAUGACAGGAGUAGCAAGAAACCAAAAGCUGGCUCUCCAGUUCUCGAGCUAUCAGAUCUUGAGGAUCCAUCAGCGAAACACCCCCAUGGCGACUUGGGAGUCAAUGCUGUUGUCAUCCACAUGAUCGGCGACGUCCUGAACAACCUCGGUGUAAUUGCUGCCGCUCUUGUCAUGAUGCUGGUGCGAUCGCCAGACAAAUUCUAUGCAGAUCCCGCCGUCAGCAUAGGAAUAGCAGUUAUGAUCGCGAGCAGCGCGCUGCCCCUCACUUUCCGAAGCGGACAUAUUCUUCUGGGAAGCACACCACCCAGUGCUCAGAACGAAGCAAUUAUCCGGGAAUUGAACAAGAUACCAGGGGUCGUGUCGGUGCACGAGCUCUAUGUCUGGCAGCUGAGCCAAGAACAAUCGAUAGGAUCUGCGCAUAUCGUCAUGUCGCCUAUGACAAGCCAGGAAGUGCUGUCGGCAAGCAGCUCAGAGAUAGAUAAGUUGGCCCGACCCGAAGAAACAAGAGAGACGCACAAUGGACGGCUUGCACGUCUAGGAAGAUGUCUUCAUGGUUUCGGUAUUCAGAGAGUGACACUGCAGAUAGAGGACAGUCCGGAGAAGGCCAAGUAG